AUGCAAAAUCUAUAAGAUGAUAAAAUUAACAAUAGCUAUAGCUCCUAAAUAUUAAAUGAAUAUCAUGAAACUACAUAUAGCUUCGAGGGUUUCGAAUAUUAAUUAAAACAAUUCAACGAAAAUGUAAAUGAUAUCUUGAUUUAGCAGACAUAAAAUGAAUAAUUAUAAUGUUACUAAGAAAACUUAAACAAUCAAUUUUCUGAAAAUAAUUCAAUUUAAAUGGAAGAUUUUAAUCUAAUUUAGUUUCCAUAAGGCUUAAAUUAUGAAAAUUCAUAAUUAAAUCCUAUUUUUUUUGAGGGCUCUUAAGAAUAUAUUAAUGAAAAAGAUGUAAGCAAUUAGUAGAACAAAACAGAUUCACAAAAAAUAAUAAACAAAAGAUAAUCAAAUAACAAAUAAAUUAAAUACGAAUCAUUUUUUAUUACCAAAAAUGCUCCUCAAUCAGUUUUAGGCUUAAACAAGAAAUUUUAUCUGUUUUUGGAUUAAAUGAUAGACUUAGAUUAUUUUGCUAAUAUCAAAUCUCCAAAUGAAUAUAUUUAAAACAACUGUUCAGUGUAAUUAACAAAAGGUUUUAGAUUUCUAAACAAAGUUUUACAUAGAAUUGAUAAUAAAUAUAUAGAAGUAGAGAUAGAAUAUUUAGAUAGAUAAACUUAAAGUAUCGACUAUAUAAUAUAAAUUUUGAAAUCAUUAGGCAAUCAAGACUUAAUAAAAUAUAUUAGCUGUUUAUCAGAAUUUCAGAAAAAUAUAUAAAAUUGCAAAAAAUGUAUUUAAAAGUAAUCUCUCAAGUUAGAUUUUAUCUAGAAUAGACUAUAAAGAGAAAAAGCAGCAAAUGAGAAAUUCAAACAGUUAACUUCAAAUCUAAAUCCUACAAAACUUAUAUUUUACUAAAGAUAUUCUGUAAAUUAUGAAACUUUUCAAUAUGAAUCGACAGUAGCAGGAUAUUCUCCUGCUUUUUAUGAGGUUUUAAAUAAUGGGUCUUAUCAUUUUAAGGACUAUCUAUUAAAAAAUGGUUAUUUUGAUCCUAUGUCUCCUCUAUUUAGGCUAGGAGAAUUCUUUUACAGAGUAUGUUAUUUUUCAAGUAACUUACCAUAAGAUAUUAAUGAUGAUAUUAAUAAAUAGGCUAAUUUGGAAUUAAUUACAGUAGAUAAUUAUACAUUUCCAGUGACUAUGUAGCUUUCUCACCAAUAUCUAGAAAAAGAUUUCGAUAUACAAAAUAAUUUAGAAUUUUAAUUUUAUGAUCUGCUAGCAGUUUAUGAAUUUACUUUCAAAAGCUAAUAUAUUUAUAAAAGUUUAAUUGAGGCAAGAUAAAAGAAUAUAAUAAAUUCAUGUAUAUCUGAAACAAAUUUAAGUGAUAAUAUUGAUUUAGAUUAAAAAGAUUAUGUAUAAACUGAAUUCUUUUAGAAAUAUUAUUAAGAUGACAUUUAAAACUUAUUAAAAAGAGGUAAUAAAUGGAAUAAAGUAUGUGGUUUUUAAGAUAUUACUAAAAAAAAAUUAAAGCAAGAAGAAAAAAGAGUAUGA